AUGAAGAGCGAGCCUACGUAUCCUCCAUAUGCGCCGAACCCUCACGCAGCGAAUCCUUAUAACGCGAAUCCCUACGCUCAGGCGCAUGCUGCCGCGCCACCUGCACCGUUGAACCAGCAGUACCGCUCGCAUGCUGCCCCAGCGUUCGCUCCAGCGCCCACCUAUGCUCAUGUGCAAGAGAGACCACAAUUUGCGACAUUCGACAGCCCCAGUAAGCCUGCCAAUGAGGAUGCACUGCCUGCCAUGCCGAGCUGGGGAGAUGCUCGCGACAGACAUGUCGAAGUCGAGGAACAGCCUGUGCCUGAGAAGAGGGGUGACAUGGAGAUGGACAGGCUGAAUCACAACGGCAGCGUGACAAACACAUCCAUGGCAGGCAUGGCCGCUGUUCCACGAAGGAGCCCUGUACCAACCAGAUCGCCUGUCUCGCCAGUAGACGGUUAUGGAUACAACCAGGGCUUCGAGAACGAGCCACUUGUAGGCGCAGCGCCACACCGCAGUCCGCAUGCCAGCCCCGCGCCAUACUCCAACGCAAGGCCAUACGUCCAGCAAGACGACUACAGGCGAGGUUCACCCGCACAGAACCUCUCGCCCGUCUACGGCGCAGGAGAAGGCUACGCCCGCAACCAGUCCUACGACCGCCACUCCCCCGCACCACAACAGCAACCCCACGAUCCCUACGACCACUACGACCAACACGACGCCCAGAGCGGCUACGCCUCCAUCCCGCCAUCCUACCACACCUCACCCCCACCCCCGGCCCAAAGCUACAACAACGCGCCAUACGACAACUUCGCCCCAGCACCAGCCCGGCAACGCACGCCAUCUCCAGAGUACUCGUACCCCCCAGAACCAGCACGAACACCUGAGCCAAUCGCGCAGCCGGUCAGUGCGUACCCCGGCCAGCGAUCGUACACGCCGCAGGCACAGAACUCGUACCCUGGCCAGCCAACGUACCAGGCGUUCAAUCCUGGGCAGACGGGGCCGCAGACGACGGGCGUGGCGAGGAAGGCCGUGGACGGGACGUAUCGUGAGAUUUAG